UCUGGAAGUCAUAGAAGAAACAACUAAGGUAAUCAGCAUGCGUUUCUCAAUUGCCUCCGCUGCUUCAAUGCUAGUCGGGGCCGCCAUGGCUACCGCAAAGACAACCACCUACUCAUACGGCCCCAACGUUCGCCAAGUCUACAACGUCUACAUCCCGUCGGCCGCGAACAACGAGACCGUGGCGACCGACAAGUACUGGCUGGUAUACAUUCACGGAGGCUUCUAUCGCAACUUUGCCCAGAACGCAACGGACAUCCUUCCAGCCAUCGCUUCCCUCGAGGCAAACAGCUCAGACGUGCUCGCAAAUCAGAUCGCAGGAAUUGCAUCUCUAGACUACCGUCUUUCCGCACUCCCCGGUGUUCGACCCAACAACGCGCCAACAAACGAGCUACAGAACGCCAGGUGGCCCGAUCAUCUCAUCAAUACCGUCGCCGCACUCAAGGACCUCAGCAAGCAUUAUCCGAUCGAUGGCAACUACAUUGUCUCUGGUCACUCUGUGGGCGCCCAAAUAGCCUUCUUCACGGCUUUGGAGACUCUCGAGGACCCCGCCGUGCCCAAGCCCGCGGCUGUUUUAGGGAUCAGCAGCAUUUACGACUUGCCUCUGCUCCACAUCACCAACCCCGAUAUGACUAUCUCGUACUUAACGCCAUAAGGGAAGACCAAUUGAUAGAGGCCAGCCCGGCCAAGGUUGAUGCUCGGAAAUACGCGGACCUUGACCUGAAGGCCUUUGUUUUGGCGCACAGUAGGAAUGAUGGACUUGUGCCUUGGGACCAGGUCGAGUCGAUAGAAGCUACUCUGGACUCGCUACCUGAAUUGGAGAGCAAGACACACCUGGUCGAGCUCGAUGUUGCGCACAACGAUAUCUGGCGUGGUGGUGUGCAACUGGCCAAGGCAUUCACGGAAACUUUAGCCAUCUUGAGGGCGGAUGCAUAAGGUGUCCCGCCAGCAACCGCCAAUGAAAGAAGACGAUUUCACGCAAUGUGUUUCAUACUAUUCUUGUUAUAUCGUG